UUGGUUAAGUCUGCGAAUUUGAAUUCUGAUGUUAUGAUGAAUCUUGGUUCAAUGGUCACUAAAAUGGAAGGAUGGAGGCUAGUCAAGUCUCGUCCCUGCACUAGUAAACCUGGUGUGUUACCUAAGGCAGUGCCAGCUCAGUGCACGGACAUGUGCACGCAUGUGUGCAGCACUCGAGCCAUGCCAGGUCAGGCUGUGCUAGGCCGUGGCAGGUGACAAUGUCAUGACGUGGUUUGUGACAUAAGGACAUUUUGGUAAUUUCAUGUUUCAAUUUGUAUAAGUUUAGGUAUGGAUCCUCGAUUAUCCUGUUUAGGUUCUUUAUCACUUCCAUCUUUUUCUAGCUCUUCGCUCUUGCGUGUUUUCUACUCUCCUACAACGGUGAGAUAUAUAAAAUUAUAAUUUUAUU